AGUAUCUUUAGGUUUAGCCAUGGUGCCAGACCACCGUCCGUACAAAAAACUGCCACUCCGUCUUCCCAACUACCAUUCUCACCAACACGACGACCCGCCGCUCAACUCUGUUCUCACUUCCUUCCCUAUGGACCUUCUUUCCCGCCACCGCUCUACGCGUCUCCUCCUCCUCGUCCCCAUUUUUCCUUCUACAUUUCCAGAAUGCCCGACCCACAGCUUUCUGCCUCUGCCACUCCUCCUCCUCCUCCUCCUCCUUCCGCUAUUGCUUCGUCGUCUUCGACCACUUCACAGAUCCCACUUGAUGAACACGGAAUCGGACAUCCUCCAUUUCAGUCGCCGGAGUCCGACGUACAACCCUGGCAUGUUCUCCCCAACUUUGGAACACUCAAUUGGGAUUUCGUCAAUGUAUCUUCGCUUGCCAGGGAUGAUGCCUGGUCUUGUGUUGUGGUACUCUUGACCUUUUGGUUAUUCGUUUCGAUGACUAUGAUUCUGGGAGUUUAUGGGCCUACAACCCUACUACUUAGUCCCUAUUCGUCCAUUCUUCUCCAGCCCAGCCCUCUAUUCGUCCAAUCUAUGAAGGUAGAAAACUUGGUUGGGUCAGUGACGGGAGUUAUGCUUUAUGGUACAUACGGAUCUCCAUCUCUUGAUGUUUUUACCAACUGGGAAGAAAGUUAUGAAGCUUCCAUUUCAUCUUUUACAAGCAAGGAAUGGAAAUAUUACCUGAACAGAGGAUCUCAAGUGAAUAUUUCAUAUCACCUGAGCUCUAAGAGCUCCUCAAUUUAUCUAUUAAUCAUUGAAGGGGAUGAUGGCUUUACCCAGUGGCUUGAGGACCUAACAUAUCCCAAUAGCACUCUCUCGUGGAAUGUAGUCCAUGGAACUGGCAUGAUUACACAAGACAUAUUUCUUUCAUCAAGCUAUUACGUGAUAGCGAGAAAUUUGAAUGAGGAAGCUGAGGUCAAAUUGAGCAUCAAAGUAAGAGCCUCCUUGUAUAAUACAACGAAUGCUUACUAUAAAUGUGCUUUGAUGAAUAACCCAUGUCAUGUUAAUAUCUUCUUUCCUGAUGGGAAUGCAGCUAUUUUAACUUCUGAUUCACAGCAGAAUACUUCAAGGGAUGAGUGGCACGUCAAAUUGUCCUUUGGACCAAGAUGGAUCUCAUAUAUUCUUGGCAUAAGCGGAAUGACUUUGCUGAUGUAUUUGAGCUUCACUCUAAUAGAGAAGUUCCAGCAAGCCCUCACAGACAGAGCAGGAGUUCAUCUCGGGGAAACAGCAACUCAGAGAGCCCCUUUGCUUUCUCACAAAGAUGAUGAUCUUUCAAGUUGGGGUUCAUCUUAUGAUUCCAUGUCACGUGAUGAGGAGGAUCUUGACUUUCUCACGGCUGGUUCCAUUGACGGAAAGUCUUUAGUUGAAGGUGAAACCAGUAAUAAUACCCGGCGUCUUUGUGCCAUUUGCUUUGAUGCUCCAAGGGAUUGCUUCUUUCUUCCAUGUGGACACUGUGUUGCUUGUUUUGAAUGUGGAACCAGGAUAGCAGAAGCAGAUGGGACUUGCCCUGUUUGUCGUAGGAAGACCAAGAAAGUAAGGAAGAUUUUUAAUGUCUAAGCAUUAUUAGUGUGAGGCUAAAUGAAUGUGGUUUUAGGCUAAAUGAAGAAAAGACAGAUCAGUUAGUGCAUCAUCAUCUGUUUCAUCAAUUGUCAAUGUCAGCUCAUGGUAGCUCCCGGUAAUGACCAUUUGUGGGGGGAACAUGUUGCUUGUAUAUGUUUCCUUUUGGGGAGUAUAUAUACAGUCGGGCCCUUGAAAAAUUUGCCCCUUUAUUUUAUUUAUUUUUAGACGCAAAUUAAGUCCUUGAAAAUUAUUCAUUAUUAAUAUUUCCUACACAUAUCUUGGUUAUUGCAAAUCUAAACAAUGAUGGUGAUGGAUUAUAUAAUAUUUUGGCGAAA